UUUGUCUAUCGUAAAGAACAACUAACAUUAAUAAUUUUUUACCAACUGUUCAUAAUUUUCAAUUCGCCUUUUCGUCGUAUAAAAUGGAUAAAAACGUGUUCUUUCUAAUGUCAUUUAUUUGUGCUGUUUGUGCGGCACCCUUCGAUCUGAGCGAAAACGCGCAGUUCGACUUAAAGGUCACCGGCAAGACCUUAUUUGAAGGAGACAUCGCUGGUGUUAUUCAACCAGGAGAAACCGCUGCUGAUUUACGGACUAAACUCGACAACCUGCAUAAAGCCGGAGUAGCGCCCAACCUGCGGUGGCCCAACGGCGUCAUCCACUACCAGUUCACCGGGCAGUUCAGUCAAAGCGAUCGGAAUGCCGUUAGAGAAGCAAUGACGGAGAUCACGACAAAGACCACCAAUGUCAUUCGCUUCCAAGAGCGCUAUUAUGAAACUGAUUACGUCAAUAUUGUGAAGGAAGCCGAAUGCUCGAGUGAAGUGGGGAAGAUAGGUGGUGCGCAGAAGCUGUCGUUGACGGACGCCUGCAUAGCGGUUAAAGGAGCCAUAAUCCAUGAACUGAUGCACGCCAUUGGAUUCUGGCAUGAACAGUCCCGAUUUGACCGUGAUGCCUACGUAGAAAUCAACUGGAGUAAUAUUCCCGAAAACAAACGCCCCGAUUUCGAAGUGCGUGCCUACGCCCAUACCUACGGUACCGCGUACGACUUUGGCUCCAUCAUGCACUCUGGUCCGUGUGAUUCCGCUGUGGACCCAUGUCCCACGAAUUUCACAAUAACAGCCAUAACUUCAACCCAAACCUUCGGACAACGCAACGGCCUUAGCCAGAUUGAUAUCCAGGAAAUCCGAGCCAUGUAUGGAGCCACAACCACCACCAUUAAUCCCUCUGGCAAAUCAUGUGCCACCUUGUUUCAUAAUCCAAACUUCUUGGGAACGAACGUGAUACUAAUGAGCGGACACAAUGGAAACCUGGAACCGGCUGAUGCGGGACUGGUGCGGUCAGCCAGGGUUUGGUCGGGAUGCACGUUGACGACAUACCCCUUUGUUGGCUUGCAAGGUGCCGGGCUGGCUUAUCCAACUUUCCCGCCAAGCGAUGGGUUCUUUAACUUCUCGCCACAGAAUCCUUGCAGCUCGGCGCGAUGCACCUGCAUCUGAUAGCUGUUCGGAUGCUUGAUAAAUUGGAGAAAAUGAAUUUUUAAAUAAAUACAAAAAAACGGAUACGUUGCUAUCGCGAAUUUCAAAAUUGCAGGCUGUCGGAUACAUGAAAUACAGAUACUGUGCCGUACGUAAUUCAUGAAGUUUUUAUUAUUACGUCAACUGUUCCAUAAUUCGAUCUUUUUCAACCGACGUUACCAUUGUUAAGCCGCAGAAAGCAACCACUUAUUAAAUUAAUACUGUUCGGCAUCAUGUCUUCAGUUUAUUCGAUCAGUACGAUUGUCCAUUGUGGGUAAUUAUCUGUCCCUUGUUUGUGCAAUUAGAACAUCGUUUGCUUGCAUUGAUAAGAUUUUGCUUCCUUA